CGGCAAACACCGAAGGCCGAGAAUGUGCUUUUCCACCGAAAUGCACAUACUAUUUUUUCUGCGAUCGGUUAAAUACCUGUUAAAUGUUUGUCUUUUGGUUCCAAAUAUUCAGCAGUACGAGAAUCACUUUCCCGGCCUAGGCCGGAAAAGUGUUUUCUGUAUUGUUAUUAAUUGAUUUCUUAGCAACUAUUGAAACAUAAUUGAAAUACCAGAAUAUUGAGUUUUGCGACCUGUAAACCAAUCAAAAAUGCUGACAUUUCUUGUCAAUCGCAGAAAAAAGUACUUUUUUGUACGCUCACGGCCGGACAAAAAAGUGACGUCACAGAAAUUUCCUAGAUUCCAUUGCUUUGAACACCGUUUGCAGAAAAAAUCGCAUGUUUUAUUCGGAGAAAAGAACUUUUUGUGGCUCGUCUAAAAUUGUCGUCCUCACUACGUUCGGCCGUCAAACAUUUAGUCUCGCCACAAAAAGUAUCACUUUUACUCCUAAAAAAACAAUAUACUAUUUUUUCUAAGAUAACAGUCAAAAUGACAUUAUGUUGGCAAUACAAUGUAAAAUUGCCAAUGCUGUCAUAUUUUUUUUGUAGAAAAGGCUUGUGUUGCCAACAUUUUAAAAGAAAACAGACUUUACUUUUAGUUGUAGACUCUAGGGCUCUUUUUCUCGAAACAGGGGAGCAGCGUUCUCAUGAGAACAAAGGUCUAUCUUAGUCGCUCAUAUUUAUAUUUCCAUAACACUGACAAAAACAGAGCAAUCGUUCUCGUGAGAACGCUGGUCCCACGUUUCGAGAAUAGACACCCAGUACACAUAAAACAAUGGAUUCUCACAGAUUUCAAACUAUUUUUCCAUUCAAUAUUUACUCACCCCAACACAAAGUUUUUAAAUUUCAACAAAAUUGAGGCGCCAACUGGAAAUACGCACAGAUUAAUGUUCAACAUACAAAAGUUCCUCUUUAAUAAGGAAUAAUAACUACCAGAAUCCAAUUAAUAAAUUAAAAAAUCACAAAAUAACCGCAAUAUUCUCAUGAGAACAAUGGAAACAAGGAACGUUUUUGCAACAAGAUGGCGGCACUGUAAAUCCACCUAAACUGUGGCGCCAUCUCGUAGCAAUUGAGUAUGGCUGUAUUAGUAGAAUUAUUUGAAAAUCUUUUGGAGGCUUAUUUUGUCCCAAAAUUACGUUAAUUUUGAUGCAUUUUAACGUAAUCAGGCCUUAACUGAAGCUAAAUAAGUUAUUUAUUCGAUUUUGAAUAUUUUUGGGAUUUAUUUAAAUCCCCUGAAACCAUAUCCUGGAUAAUUUUUUUUUCUGGCCAUUUGGCAACAGGGCGGAUAUCAUCAUCAACACAAUUAAAAAAAAAAAAAAAUGAUGAUGACGAUGAUGAGGGUUUGAGGUUGUGAGAUGGCCGAAAACGACAACGCGAAAAAACCCCAUUAUCCAAGACGAAACGCACCCCAAAGACCCUUACCGGGGGUCCAAAAGGCCAUCAACAACUUUGGGGUUUCGGAUUUGAGGCAGCUUUUGGACCAGAAACAUAAGGAAGAAAAGCCAAUUGACCCCAAAAAUAUCCCACCACCAGACCCCUCUUACAACUACCUAAGAGACCCUGCUAGAGAUAAGCCCAGAGCUUCACAACCCCACAAAUCGAAGCCUAAGAACCAAGAAAAUAGCAAUAAAACAAAAGAAAUUAUUGCACCUGAGAAUGAAAAUGCAAAAAUUACUAAUUUCAGAGGUCGUUAUCCUAGAAGAGGAAACCUCAAUUUGUCCAGAGAUAAUCAAACAACAAAUGAGUCUAAUUUUAGAGGUGGCAGUUCUAGAAGAGGCAGGGGCAAUGGUAGACCUAAAACUAAAGACAAUCCAGAAACUAUUAUUGACCUGAUUAAUAUUAAAAUAGAAGUCAGCAGUGAAACUGGCCAUAGAAGCUGUAUUUUGGAUGAAGAAACGAAAAUUGCUGACAUUAAACACGUACCAGAUCAUCAGUUUUCUUCUCCUAGACGUGGAAGAGGUUUUUUUAGAGGUAGAGGCCGUGGUAGGGGCUUUUACAGAGGUAGAGCUGGAUUUAAUAAUAAUAAAAAUAUUAAUCAAGAUUCAGCAACUGAAGAAGAAAUUUUUGAAGAAGCUCAAGGCAAUGAAAAUAAAUUGUCUUCUGAAUACAAUGAGGAUUCAGAAGCUCAAUUUGAUUCAAAUUUAGCUGAAACUAUAACUGUUACUUCAUCAAAGUUGCCAGACAGCGAAAUAGAAAGAUUAGUUGAAGUUACAUUGGAAAAUAAUACUAAUGAAUGAAUGUGAUUUUAUUUUGUGAUAUACAUAUUCUGCUUUUAUUUAACACAAAUAUUUUACUUUAAUAUAUAAAAUAUAAUUAUUAUAUAAACAAUUUUUUGUUAUAGUGAUGUGUGUAUUUUAUAAUUUUAUUGUAUUGUUUUUUUAUUUAUUAACCAAAAAUUAA